CUGUCGGAAGUCUCCGUUUCUGGCGAUAGUAGAAUAGUAGCUGCUGCCGUAUCAGUUCUGAAGGAAAAGUAUUCGUUGUUUUCAAAAACAGGGAAUGGAAAUAAUAACAUUCAAUCGGUUCACCCAUUUGUAAAAAGAUAUAAAAGCAUUGAAAAAUUGUAGUGCGUAAUAUUUAUUCGAAUCGUAAUCCUUGGUUCCGCGGAUUGAGCAGCGGGAAAUUCCUAACCUCAAACUGUUCAACCGGUUUUUUCUCAUUGCCGUUAUGUUUUAAUUCCUAACCACGACAAAAGCAGUGAGAAAUUAAAUACGAAAUGGAUAUUGUUCCAGGAACAGCCUCUCUACUUGACGAGCUAGAUAAAAAACUCAUGGUUUUGUUGAGAGAUGGCAGAACUCUGAUUGGAUAUCUGAGGAGUGUUGAUCAAUUUGCGAACUUGGUUCUUCAUCAUACGAUAGAAAGGAUUCAUGUUGGAAAAGAAUAUGGAGACAUUCCAAGAGGGGUAUUCAUCAUUCGCGGUGAAAAUGUGGUCCUUUUAGGUGAAAUUGACAGGGACAAAGAGAAAGACCUGCCAUUGUCCGAGGUUUCAGUCGACGAUAUUUUGGAUGCUCAGAGACGAGAACAAGAGCUUAAGCAAGAUCAAGAACGAUUGAUGAACAAAGCUCUGAAAGAGCGAGGUCUGUCUUACAUUCCGGAUCUUGGCCACGAUGACAUGUUUUGACCCAAACCUACGAAAACAUCUUCGCACACUCUGCCAGUUCGAUCUCGUAAUUCCAAACGAGUUUGAAUAAUAUUUUGUGAUGAGCAAACUUGUUUGCAUCAUUGUUGGAAGAAAAAUCAGCUUAACAGCUUAGCAUAGUUUUAUUUCUAUAUGAUCAAGGCAUCAGGAUGUCUUUAAUGCUUUGCUGAACUUGUGCAAAAAUUGUGAAAAGAUGUUAAUGAUGUCUGUCAAAAAACCUUGUUGCUGCUGCAACAAUCACAAAGACUUUCGAAAUUGUUGUACAACAAAUGUAAAUAUCUAGGUUUUUGUACACUUGGAUAAAAUUGUUUUCUUUUCUGAAA